AUGUCCACCCGUACCGCCUCCUUUCUCUCUGCCGAUGAUAUGUUCCAUAACAAUCUGUCUCCCGACGCCUUCCUGGCUCGCACGGAGGGCCGGGGCUAUACGUCGGCCGAGACCGAGAUCUGGGACACGGCGCACCGCCUUUAUGUCUACCUGGCUACGUGCCAGCGGGCGCCCAAGCCAGAGCGUCUUCGGUUCUUCCGUCUUCUGGUUCGACUCUGCAUCCGUCAUCGUUCCAUACUCCUUAAAGGGGUAUCUUCACAGGCUGAGGAUAACGGCAUGGCCUCCAUUGAGGCCUGUGCCGUCUGUUACCGCCGAGAGUACUCGGAGGAGAAGGAGCUACAGUCCGAGCGGACGACUGGCCACUGCUGUUGGUUCCGUCCCGAUAGCCACGCACGGGGUUUCCUCAAUCUGAUGCGAUCACUCUGCGACGACCACCCGGAGCUUUUUGGUGAUGAUGUGAGUCUGGAGGAGCUUGACGGUCUGUUUGUUUUUGCAUAA